AUGCAAGAUAUUCAACAAUUUGCUUCCUGGUUGGCUGAGAUCGGAGAUGGCAUUUUGGGAGGCCCUAAUGAUGGUUAUGCAAAAGUUAAAAUUCCUACUGAAAUGUUGUUGCCAUCUACUAGGGACCACAUAGCAACAAUUGUUGAUAGUAUUUUCCCAAUGUUCAAGGAGGGUGGUUGUCAACAAGAGUACAUGGAAAGUCGGGCAAUUUUGGCUCUAGCGCUAGAUGUGGUCAAUGCAGUCAAUGAAUAUAUGACAGAUUUGCAUGUUGCUGAUAGCAGGACGUACCUAAGUUGCGACAUGGUAUGUAAGGCUGAUUCAAAUAAUGGUAUCCUCUAUGAUAUGCACAAUCCAGAAUUCCUUAAUGGCUUGAAAGCAUCUGGCACACCUAACCAUGCUUUAACUUUAAAGGUGGGAUCUCCAGUCAUGUUGGUGAGAAACAUAGAUCACUCAAUGGGACUAUGCAAUGGCACAAGACUUAUCAUUACUAGGUUAUCAGAUCAUGUUGUUGAAGUUAAAAUUGUGACCGGUAACAAUACUGGACAAAUUGUCUUGAUACCAAGGAUGUCAAUGACCCCCACUAAUACAAGAUUGCCGUUUAAAAUUCUAGUGCUGGCAUAUGCAAUGACCAUUAACAAAAGUUAG